AUGCAGGUCGACUUGCAAGUCGUUCGCAAUCCAUCAGAAGACACAGAGAAACUACCGAAGCCACAGCCAAUUUGCUCUUGUCCCUCCUCUGCAUCAAUGGCUUUUGCCGUUGCACAGCGGGCCGGCUACGGCCGAAGUGGUUCUCGGUCGCCGCGGUUGCAGAAGCAGGUGGAGGUUGAAGCAGACCAUGGUGGGCCCGACGGAUUGCCGUGCGACUUCAAGGGUGGCUUCAAUGCGCAGAUGCUCAUGCAGCGGGACUUCUUGGCCCAGUUUCUCGUGCCAGAGCAACCUCAUGCUGCCAAAAGUCCGAAUGCGCCCCGCGAGGCUGCAGCUGGAUUGCCGGUCGAAGCUGCAAAGGUUUUGAUGCUGGGCCCUGGCCCUGGCCGCGUGCCCUGGCUGGGCUUGCCUGCUGGCGUUGCAUGUGUAGCAGCAACGCUGCAGCUCUUCUCGCGACUUCUACCUGGCAGUGUGGCUGAGGGCAUGUGCGACGAGCUGUGCAAGCAGGCUACGGCAGAUCCAUCCAUGCCUGUGGAGCUGGAUGCACUUGCAACGCGAGUCGGCCUCGUGAGCUGUCCGGUUCCCUCCGCGGUGCCGUCGCUGCAGGGAGGCUGUGGUGAGUCCAUGUUGACAAUGAUCGCAUGCUAUUUCAUGACGUUUUGGCUGACAAGUUUUGCAAGAUCCCUAUCAAGAUGGUUCUUCUGUCGUUGGCUCUUGAGCGCUUUGUUGAAUAUCGACGACCCUGUAGCUGACCUGCAGGAGAAGGAGAAGGCAACGAUCAGCUGUCACCCUCGAGAAAACCGGUUUGAAGAAAGCUGCCACCCCAGUAUCAAGGCAUAG